AUGUUCGAGACGACCUUCCAGCACACGACCAACACCCCUCUCCCUGCGAACGUAUCCAUCGAAUCCGGCAUAGAAAUUCUGCACGACUGCGAAACGAUCCUAAGACUCGCUCCAGACUGUCGAGACUGCAGACCUAUACCACCCCCAGAAUCGAAAAAUGGACAGCCUAAACCGAACGACGACGCGAAGCUCAACAGCAACGACGACACAACAGAAGGCGAAACCCAACACUGGGAAGUCGAAGACGACCUCCCAUUCAUCCCAAAACGCCUCUGGUCCGGCGGCGUGACCUACCGCUGCGAUUUCGUCCCCACACACGACGGCUGCAUCAUCACAGUCUACGCCCCCGGCGGCUUCACAUCCAUAAACCGCUGGCGACUCCUCCGCGAAGCGAUCCCCGAAGAAGGCGAGGCCACGUUGGAAAAGGUGCAGAGUAAGGACCUGCUACACGCAACAACGGAUGGGAGUGGGUGGUUCGUGCAGAUUCAGAGCGAUGCGAAGUGCAACAGGACGUUUGCGGGGUUUGUGAAGGGGUUCUUGAAGAAUAGUCAUCUACACUUGCAUAAGGGUUUCAUUGAGAAGUUGCAGGCGAGUCCCGCGCAGCAGAGGAGUAGGAGGCCUACGAUUGGUAGGAGUAACAGUAGUGAGUUCUGA